UUUUUUUUUUCUUUUCUCAAGUCUACUUAAUAACUUGUUAUAUACAAAUUAAUCCAUUCCUUUCCUUUCAUCAUGUUAACAGCAUCGACUAUUCCUUCAUCAAAUGCUUUUGCUUCUACUAAUUUAGGGUCGCUAAUGCCUUCUUCUUUACAAUAUUCGAAAAGAAUAACUAACAAUCCUUUAACUGAGCUUAUUGAGACAGAACAAUCCUAUAUGGAAACAUUGAAGAUAAUUGAUUCUCAAAUUGCUCCCAUUUGGAUGAAACAAAUGACAUCUGCUGCACCUGAUUUCUCUGAGCUUUUAAAAUGUAUACAUGAUAUAUUAAAAGUGAAUAAACAAUUUUGUAUGAGAUUGACAAAUGUUACUACUACUCAUUCUCAAACAACAAGUGAGCUCGGUGAUAUUCUUAUACAAUGGGUCAAUGAUUUGGAGGCUCCCUAUGCAAAAUAUUGUAAAAACUAUAUCUCGAAUCUUAAUCAGCGUCAUGAUAUCCUUAAUAAUCCCUCAAUAAGAAAUAUGCUUCAAAAAUUAUCAAGUAAUCUUUCUUGUAAAAUUAACCUAGAAACACUCUUUCAGGCACCUCUUCAGCGAUUAAAAUAUUAUAAAGUUUUAUACAAUAAUCUAUUAGAAAGAUCAGACUCAGGUAGAACAGAUCAUAAAUUACUCUUGAAUGCAAAUAAAAGAAUUGACACUGUUAUGAUGUUGAUUCAUCGUACAACUACUCCUCAAGCUAAUAAAUUGUCUUCAAUUCAAACAAAUUUUUGUACUGAUUUGGCAACAUUUAAAAGACAGGUCAAUUGUUCAAAGACGAUAGAUCUUCAUACUGGUGUAAAAAUGAAUUAUGACCAAUUACAUUUAUCGAAUCAUUCUCAGUUAGUUAUGAGGAAUAGCUUUAUAAUGUUGCCGACAAUGGUUCAUGUGCAUCUAGUAUUGACAACUGAAGUGCUAGUGAUUUGUGAAGAAAAGAGUCAUGAUCAAUACUUUUUAUUAUAUACUCCUAUUCCUAUUAGUGACAUCACUGUAAAGACUGUGAAUGAAGAUAUUUGCUUUACUAUUUUGGGGAAAAAGCAACUUUUAUUAACAACUGAUUCAGUAGAAGUUAGAAACACGUGGGUUGGUAAUCCUCCAACAGCUGUUUCUCGACCUUUAAGUGAUGCUGCUCAUAAGAAAUUGUUGGCAGCAGCUAACCACCCAUCAACAAAAAAACCAAAUAUUCGAGAUACAGAUAUCUUUACUUAUUAUUCUGAAUCAGGUGGAGUUUCUCCUUUAGAAAGUUCAGAUGAGGAGAGUAAUACUAGAGAUACAAUUAUGGACAUUUAUGAUACGCAUAUCAAUUCAUCUUCUUUACUACCUCCUGCUAUUCCUCCCAAAGAUGUUACACGGCAAUUACAAACGAGUAAGAUGCCGCCAAAAAAGGGUAGCACCAACGUGCAUGAAAACUCUGUCCAAAUGACUUUUCUUCCUACUGCACAAAUCGCAACCCUAUCAGUUUCUUCUUCUUCUUCUUCUCCUAAAAUGAAUAGUAACCAUUCUUCUUCUCCAAGGAGUCCCUCUUCUCCAAGAGCAGUUGAAGUUCAACAAGCCAUUAUUCCUCAAGCUAUGCAAGCCAUUACUCAAAAAACAAACGAUUAUCUUUUACAGCAACAAAAUAAAGAUAGAUUUCAACCUAUUACAAAUUUUCAAAUGCGACCCUCUGUUCCUCGUUCUUCUUCUAUGAAAGAACAACAACAACAAAAGAGUAGUAAUGGUAAUUAUUCACAAAAGCCAUUACCACAACAACCGUUGUCUAGUCAACCCUAUAUCAAUAAAGCAGAUGGACAGCACAACAAUCGAUCCUAUAAUAAUAAUAAUACAACACCUUCUCAUUUACAACAAGUAUCUUCAGGACGAUAUAGUCCAUCCUCAAAUUUAGCUCAAUCUCAUUCAGAAGACUUUUCUCCUCAUAAUCCUAAUAUGCUCAAUGAUGUUAGAAAAAUCCUUUAUAGUAGUAAUCAAUGUGAGGUCUUUCAUUGGAGCAAUCAGUCCUGGUAUGCUACUGAUGGCCCCUGUUUAUUACAGAUCCGCCUUACCCAUACAAAUCGUAUAUCUGUUACUGUUCAAUUACAAAAGACAGGACAACUUUAUUUGAAUGCUUGGAUUAUGGCUAAUACAGUCAUUAGACAACCUUCACCAACUGAUAUCAACAUUUCACUUUAUUUAGGAAACCAAAAGGAGAACUAUUUGAUUCAUUUUAAAUAUCCACAGGAUGCAACUGUCUUUUCUACUAUUUUAAAUAAUGCUCAACGUCAACAACAACAACAACAACAACAGCAGCAACAGCAACAACAAACAAUAUUAGAUGUUGUAGACGAUGAGCCUUUAGACACAGUUAAUGUACCUCAGACACUAAAACCUGUGAUGCAAUGUAAGGCAAAACUAUUUGUACAAAAUGAGACGUCAAACUGGAGUACAUUUGGCUCAGUGACGAUGAGAAUUAGUCAACAAGCACCUAGUAUGCGUAUGCUAAUUCAGAUUGAAAAUGAUAAAACUAAAUUGGUACACGCUAUUGUAAAGAGUGGCAAUGUGGAACGAAUGGGUCCUAAACGUAUUUCAUUCUUACUGACAGAUGAAUCAUCCAAGACAAGUAUUGUUUAUAUGAUUCAUCUUCGAGAAGAACAAACUGGGAAUAAAAUUUAUGAAUAUUUGCGUACAAGGAAUGCCGAGAAUGGAUGGUAGACAAAGAGGAGUUGUGUAAUUUUAUAGACGCCUUGUUUCUUUUUCUUUUUUCUUUUUUCUUUCUAUAUAAAUAUAUAAAUAUAUAUAUAUAUAUAUGCAUACAUUAAUAAAAUAUAUAU